AUGGAUAAUGCGAAUUAUCAAACAGCUCACAAGCUGUUCAGUGAAGUUCGUCGUUUAGAACCAUGGCAACUUUGUGGAAUGUAUUUUUACUCAACAGUAUUAUGGCAAAUUCAAGCUGAUCAAGAAUUAUCACAGCGGGCUCAUGACUUAUUGGAACUUGAUCGUAAUGCUCCUGAAUCUUGGUGUGCAGCAGGCAAUAGCUUCUCAUUGCAAGGGGAACAUGAAACUGCUAUUAAAUUUUUUCGCCGUGCAUUACAGGUAAGUAUACGGUCCUCCGUUCAUUUGUCUAUUGUUUGGCAAAAUAGCUGA